AUGUUCGAGGGGGUGGUGAGCAAGGUGCUCGACGGCCUCCUCCGCCGCUACGUCAAGGCCAUCCAAAAGGAGCAGCUUAAGAUCGGCAUCUGGAAGGAAGAAAUACAGCUCGAAAAUGUAGAGCUGAUUCUGGAAGCCUUUGACUACCUGCAGCUGCCAUUCGCGCUGAAGAAUGGACGAAUUGGGAAGCUAAGCAUCCGGAUUCCUUGGAAGAAGCUUGGAUGGGACCCUAUCAUUAUUGUCAUAGAAGAUUGGAGCUCAGAUUCUCUGGACAAGAGAGAACUAGCUGGAAAGUUGGCUAAACUUAAUGCCAUUGAGCUUGCUAAAUUUUCUAGAAGAGUUACAGAUAACCAAACGGGACAGUCGUUUUUGUCCUACAUAUCAGCAAAGAUACUGGACAGUAUCCAGGUUUCUAUGCGAAAUGUUCAUAUUGUAUACAUGGAUACCCACAACGGUCAAUUGUCGUCCAAGUUUGGUUUUAUUAUUUCCUCAUAA